GCAAGUACAAAAAAAGAAAACCCAAACAAACAAACAAGACAAGUACACCGAUCAGAGCGAAGUGGUGGAGGAGUGAAACCUUCUUCCUUGCUCCCCUCUUUUCGUCCCUCUUGUGGUUGUUACCUGGGCAGGUGGACUUCAUCAUGGCGGACUGUGGACUUCUCAGCCCGGUACCGGCGAGGCUGCGGGCCAUGCUUUAUUUGCUUACGCCGAACGAGUCGUCCUUCGAGAUGCUGCACGAUGUCCCCGAUUACGUCUAUCAGGCCAACCCUUUCUUCCUGGGCCUUGUCAUUCUGGAGAUGCUGCUGGGCUCGCUGAUCUCGGGAGCGAAACUUUACAACAUUGCUGAUGGCAUCAUCUCCGUGUCUUUAGGGAUGAUGUCUCGACUCCCGCUGCUGCUGGUGCGCGGUCUGGAGCUGUCGGCCUACGUGUAUGUGUGGGAGCACUUCCGCCUUGUGGAGCUGCCUUGGGACUCGGCCUGGACCUGGUGGUUCAGCUUUCUGGCCGUCGACUUUUGCUACUACUGGUUCCACCGCUUCGCCCAUGAGGUAGCCAUCCUUUGGGCAGCCCACCAGGUGCACCACAGUUCAGAGUACUACAACUUCAGCACGGCUCUACGGCAGCCGCUCACCCAGCAGCUGACUUCGUGGAUUUUCUACGUGCCCAUGGCCUUGGCCGUGCCACCGUCCGCCUUUGCUGUCCACAUUCAACUCAAUCUGCUCUUCCAGUUCUGGUUGCACACAGAGGUAAUCCGAGACAUGGGGCCACUGGAGUGGAUCUUCAACACUCCCAAGCAUCACAGAGUUCACCAUGGAAGAAACCUAUACUGCAUUGACAAAAACUUUGGGGGAAUCCUAAUCAUCUGGGACCGAUUGUUUGGUACCUUCUCACCAGAGAAGGACAAGGUGGUUUAUGGCUUGGUCUACCCCAGCAACUCAUUUGAAAUCAUCACAAGUCAGUUCCACUACUAUUUGUCCUUGUGGAGAAGGUCAACCACCUACUCAAGUCUCGCUGACAAAGUGUCAACUUUUGUCAAAGGUCCCAGUUGGACGCCUGGAAACCCUCGGCUGGGCAACUACAAUCUCGUUCCAAAGCUGACCGGUGAGGAGAAGCCUCACGAUCCCAGCUGCUCGCUGCCGGUACAAGUUUACGUGGUGACACAUUUCCUGCUGGUGCUGCACACGUACCACGAGCUCUUCGAAAACCAGGCGACACUGACCCAGUUGACCAUCCUGGGGAUGACCGGCUACAUCCUGCUCACUCUUACCUCCCUGGGCUUCAUCAUUGACUGCAGGCCAUUGGCGUCCAUUUUGGAGAUGCUACGCUGCAUGUGCCUGGUGAUGUUGCUACAUUACAGCCACCUGAGGCCCCCCAACUCAGCUCUGACUGUGCCCACCCAGGCCUUGGCGUCCUUCAGUGUGCUUUACUGGGCUCUGCAGAGUUUCUCGCAACUGCUCUCCCUCAAGAUGAAGUCUCACUGAGACUCGGGAACUGCAGACCAAGGCUCCUCACGCUCACUCCAUACACUGAAGGUUACUCCAUACACUGAUGGAUUCUUUUAAAAGUCUUUUGCUUUUUAGCCUCUUAAACAUCAGCCCAAAAAAUGAUUUUUUCACUGUCAAUUUGCAAAAGAAAGGUAUUACUUAACCUCUUUUUCGUCAUGAUGCAUAACUGGAUUGAUAGAUGGAUGGAAGCAUGUGAAAAAAUGAAGUUGAAGAUCAGAGUGGUGCAUUGUCGGUGUUGUGAUACAGUGGUACCUCUACUUACGAAAUUAAUUGGUUCUGGAAGAAAUGUCUUAGCUAGUACCUUUUGAAAGUAGAGACACAUUUUCCAUGUAAAUGCCCUAAUUUGUUCCAAGCCCCCCCAAAAUCCAGACAUUUAUGUUUUCUAAAGCAUAAAUAUGCAU